UAGCUAACACGGGAGUGAAAAGCGGCCGCCCUUUUUGGAGCGAAAGCGGGGGCGGCAGUAUAAAAAGGGCCGCCGCCGCAAAAAAAGCAUACACUCGUAGUCAAGACUCAAUCAUGAAGCUGUUCAUUGUUCUGGCACUGGUCGCUGUCGCCAUGGGCGAGCCUGCGGUGGAGAAGCGUGCCGCACAGGGCAUCUACCACUUUGCCACCGGCCCCCUUGCCGCCCCGCUCGCCGUGGCCCCCGCACCCAUUCCGGUGGCGACACCAUUCGCGGCGCCUGCACCGGUUCAUGUUCCGGUUGCUCAUCCCAUCCCUUUCCAUCCACCAAUUGUCAGGGCCGUGCCAGUUCCUGUCCCCGUUGCCCCAGUCGUCAGGUACUCACCACCUGUGUUGGUCAAGAGGUACACUGUGGUGCGCAACGUUCUGCCCAGGCUUCGUUUUGUCUACUAGAGCAAUUUCCCAACCCUUUCGUAAGAACGGACACGAAAACCUCCCCCUUUGAAGCAUUUAACUGAUAUCUAUUAGCUUUUGCUUUUACGCCGAGACUGCACUGACCGACAAAAGACUUUUAUCUUGUAAUUGUUUUAAUUGUUGAUCGGCACUUCUUUGCUCAAAUCCAGGCAGAUGAGAACCUGUUUUGCUGGCCCAUAAUUUAAUUAUGGAUUAAUCAAAGCAAAGCUAAUUCUGUGUUUCGUCCAGAUUUGGAGAAAUUGCUGUGUAUAUUUUUUAACAAUAAAAAAUUGAUGAAGAAAAAAA